AUGUCUUUAUCCACCUCUGAUGCCUUAAUCGACACAGGAGCAAACGGUAAUUUAUUCAUCAGUACCACCUUUGCCGAGAAACUGAAAAGACGACUGCUGGUGGAAUCCACGAGCGACUUCCCAGCUCGUGGAAUCAGCGAAUACCAAGGAAAAACGAAUCAAAGCAUCAAAGAGGUCAUUAGAGCCGCUUUGGAGAUUCAGAACCGUACUACGCUACCUGAUUACUUCAUUGUGGUCAAUAUGGCGCACGACAUCAUCAUUGGCCGGAAAUGGCUCGACCUUCACGAUAUUUGGGUAGAUUGCGCGAACCGCCGUCUACUUUUUCCUUCAGAAUGGAAACCGGACCCCGACUGGCUGAGACACCUCGAGGUCCAAGAAUCCUCGACCACCGUCAACCCUGCUCACCAGAAAGAUGUGGAACACCGUGACUCGUUGAUGGCUCGAGAAGAUAAACGGCGAGCGGGUGGCAGAAACAGCGGCCGCACGGCGCUACGUCUCACAAGCGGCUGCACCUCUACAGAUCCUAUCCCAGCGGACCAACCCUUUCCGAACCACCGCAAGAAAGAAGCCGACCUUGAAGCCUGCGACCAAUAUCGCCACGGCGACCUCUUCAUGCGUUCCGUCAGGAAGGAGAACCGGACGACCUACUCGACGAGUAUCUUCGAAAUCGACCGAUUUAUCCAACAGAAACGAGUCAUCGACGACCCUGCUUGGGAACCGCUUCCCCGUGACGAAAAAGAGCUCCGCGAAGAAGCUCUCCGGACGGUUCCGCCCGAAUACCACGACGAAAUCGAAGUCUUCAGCAAAUACGACUCCAACAGGCUACCUGAGCAUCGACCUUGCGACCACAAGAUCGAGCUCGAAGAAGGCCAUCGACCCGAAGAACUCGGCUACAGCCCCCUAUACAAGAUGUCCCUGGACGAGCUGGAGGCG